UCAGUCAGCAAGGGGCUAUAUUGGCAUCAUAAGAAAUAAAGCAGUAACACGAUGGGCAGUAUAUAAUUAUAAAAAGAGAAUACUAAAUCUAAUGGAGUAAUGUAUACAAAGUAUUUGAGUGGGUUGUAGACGUCAGACAAGCACAUCCACAGACUUUGUCGAAGAUAAUAAAUUCUUCAUGGCGAUCCCUAUAGCCAUCUUGGACUGUGAUCUGCUCUUACAUGGCCGAGGCCACAAGACCCUGGACCGCUUCAACCUGGGCUCCGUCUCAGACAACUUCCUGCUCACACAGUUCGGCUUCCCCAGAGAGUUCAUCCUGUUCCUGGUGGGACUGCUCAGAGAGGCUCUCUGCAGAAGGACCCAGCGCUCCAGGGCCAUCAGUCCUGAGGUCCAGGUGUUGGCUGCUCUGGGCUUCUACACAUCGGGGUCGUUUCAGACAUCCAUGGGGGAUACCAUCGGGAUCAGCCAGGCGUCGAUGUCCAGAUGUGUAUCCAACGUGACCCGGGCUCUGGUGGAGAAAGCUCCACAGUUCAUCACGUUCAACAGAGAUCCCGCCAGCAGAGAGCAGUCCUUCCAGGAGUUCCAGAGGGUGGCGGGAUUCCCAGGAGUUCUGGGGGUGCUAGAUUGUGUUCAGGUCACCAUCAAAGCUCCGAACAGUGAAGACUCAUCAUAUGUGAACAAGAAGGGCUUCCACUCUGUGGGCUGUCAGCUGGUCUGUGAUGCCAGAGGGCUGUUGCUCAGUGCAGAGACCCACUGGCCGGGCGGACUCAAAGACACAGAUGUUCUCGAAAAAUCUGCCGUCUACAAACAGCUGCUGGACACAGAGGAGGGCUGGUUGCUGGGUGACUGUCGCUACCCGCUGAGGAAGUGGUUGAUGACCCCGGUCGAGAGCCCAAAGUCCCCUGCAGAGAUUAGAUACAAUCUGGCCCACGCUACUACACAUGAGAUAGUGGACAGAACCUUCAGAGCCAUUCAGACCAGAUUCAGAUGUUUGGAUGGCACAAAAGGAUACCUACAGUACUCUCCGGAGAGGAGUUCGUCCAUCCUGCUGGCCUGCUGCGUUCUCCACAACGCCUCCCUGCAGUCUGGAUUAGACGCCUGGACUCUGGAGAGAACCGACCCUCUGGAGCAGCCCGAGAGCCUCGAGCAAAAGCCAGAAGACCGCGACAGCCAGGCAGAGGAGCUCCGAAAACAGCUCAUACUCAAACACUUCAGCUGAGACGCUGGCUGGACUAACGAGUUCUCCUUUGUUGGUGGAUCAAGAGUGAAGUAAAGGUUUCAUAUUAGGCUGAUUUCAUGGUUAUUUUUUAAAUGCUGAAAAACUGUAUAGCCCUGCCUUAUAAUCAGAAAGGGGAAGGACAUCUUACUUCCAGCAAUAUGGAACCUUUUAAGAACCAGAAGCAACCCAUUCUUCACAUAAAGGCCACAUUUAAAUCAAGAAAUUGCACAGACACAGUGUUGCUGAUGCAGUUUUUUUAUAUUUUGCUGGUUCCUACUCUACAGACUACACUAAGAUAACAUAGUUAUAUAUGGAGUAACAUGCAAGAUGCUAUACAACAAACCAAGACAACAUUUUACCCAAAACACAUUUCAAGCGACUCCCUGGAAAGUGCUUUAUUAUUUCCCUCUCAAACACUCUGCAGACAUUCAUAGAGAGGUUUGAAUAAUGAAGCACCUCCUGGUGUUUUACAACCACUCAAACUGUGUGCAGCUGCUGUGUUGCCGAGGUUUCAUUACAAGUGAAAAAGUCACCCUCAUUUUAUUUUUUAAAAUCCCUCCCACUUUCCAUCUUCCUUUCCCGAAAUAUCUGCUGAUUUUCUCCCAUUUUCCUUUUCCACAUGAAUUCCACAGGUUAAAAUCUUGGACUAUGUCACAAUACAAAAAAAACACAAGGCCCUUAUUUACAACAACUGCACACCAUGUGUCAUUUUUUUUAUGUACAUUGGUGCAUUAGGACUGUUAAAGGUGAGAAUGACAGGAUGUUUGUGCGAUGGGCUGCAGUCACAUACAUGAUGUUUUUGUGUACGCUUAGCAUAAGGACACAAAAUGAUAUAGAUAAAGAGACGAGAAAGAAAAACUGUGGUCAUUGUGAUGUUUCUGGGAUCAGAUUCUGUGUUUGAGUGUUUUAUAAGUCUGUCAGUCACGUAUCAUUUCGUCAGGCAUGUGGACUGGGCAGUGAAAUGUCUGUUUUCAUAGCUUAAUUUAAAGGAAUAUCAUGACAUUUAUAACAACAUGUUUCAGGGAUGAUCAUGAUCAUGUGGUGAAGAAAUACUGACUUGUUGUAAAUGUCCUGGUGUUCCUCUAAAUUGUGAUGAUAACAAAGCUAGUGGUGUUUUACUUCCUGGAAUGUAUUAGUCCCCUGAUUGACUUCAUCAAUAUAUACACACUUUCUACAAAUAGGAAUAAAUACAACUUACACUGCUGUCGCAUGAGCACAUUCCGAUGUUGGGAUGUUUCCUCACUGCCUGGUUUAAUGUUAGAGGAUGCAUUUAUGACAACAUAUAAUCUACAUUAAAGGUGUAAUAUGCAAGAAUUGGCCACCUGUCAAAUUCAUACAAACUUGACUUAAAACAUACUAACCAUUACUGGUAACCGCUCAUUGUAACUACCAUGAGCUAGCUCAGAUAUUUUUUAAAAAUGUCUCUUACAUUUUCCACCUUUAAUUAUAUUGUCGAUGGUUUCAUAUGUUUUAAAAUUAAAAUGUAAAUUUGACAUUUUUUGAUCAAUUUGUUGGCUUUUGGUGUCAAAAACAAAACA